GGAUAGGUUAGAUUGGAUCGGUUAUUUUUUGAGAAACUAUAAAUACCCAGUUGAGGUGGUUAAUUCUGUUAAUCAUACCUUCUCCACUUCAAAAUCUAGAGAGAGAAAGAGAGAUCAAAGAAUCAGGAGAGAGAUGCAGAGCACAGAGGACUGCUACUACUACCAAGAAAACCAACUAGAAAGUGGUGGUUUCCAAUCCGGCACCAUCAACCGCCUCAAAAUGCUCACCCUCAACAACGCCUCCACCUUCCCAGCCACCACCGCCACCGCACCGCCCCUCCCAUCCUCCGCUGCCGCCACCCGCUGCACCACCUGCUGCGGCUCCUCCUCCUCCACCAAGAGACGUUCACCCUCCUCCUCCUCCCUCCUCCAAGAACCCUCCGCGAAGAAACAACUCCUCACCCUCCUCUCCCCUCCCCCCUCCGCUGCCGCUAAACUCCCAACUCCGAUCAAUACCCAGAUCACGCCGCCAUCCCCCGCCGCCAUUCUCCGCCGCUGCAUCUCGGAUCCCGUGUGUUCGCCGGGAACCACCGCCCUGCUCUCGAACCCUCAGUCGCCAGAAAACGCAAACACCAUUGUUUCGGCCACAACCCCGUCUCCGGGGAAAGGAACCGCUUCACUGCCGCCUUUACCCCGACCCCUCCGGCGAUCGAUUUCCGACCCACUGUCUCAUUCCCCGAGUUCCAGCGAGUUGGGUUCGGGAUCAAGAAACAGGGGAGGGGAGAGUCCCGGUUCAAUGAGCCUGAAGACAUUGAAGGAGCGGAUGAUCGAGAUGAGAGAGAUGAUCCAGUGGUGGGAAAAAAUCGUGGGCGAAGAAGGCGAAGAGGAGGAUAACAAUGGCCGUGGAGAUCAUGAUAUUGGUACAAUCACAGAGGUUGAAUGUGCAGCGGAGACUGAAACAGAGGAGGCAGUGAGUGUGGAGAGAACAGGGGAGUGUUUGGUCCUUCACUUCAAGUGUCCCUGUACAAAAGGAUAUCAGAUUCUUCUCUCUGGCAGCAACUGCUACUACAAGUUGAUGUAAAAGCUUCAAAAAAUUGCUUCACAUUUUUUUCAUAAAAAGGGUACUCAUCGUUCUUGGUUUUCAUUUAUUUUAGAAAGAAUUCAAUCUUUUCCUUUAGACAUGCCCGUUGAAGGUGUAGUU